GAGGUCCGUCAGUUGUCAGUCGUCAGUUGGUGCCAGGACGUUGCGGCGAGCGGUCGUUAUGAUGUACUUAAUAAACGCGUACACAGUGAAAGUUCGCUAGAGAAAUGCGUCUCGCGAUCGCCUUUCUGUUUGUGGUGACAUGGGCGGGGGCGCAGAGCUACGACUACGCGUCCUCCUGCACGAGACCUCAUCGGACGAGGAGGGCGAGGCUGCCGGAGGUGCCGUGUGAUCUCACCCAGCAGAGUUACUGCACCACGCCCGGCAGCAACUAUCCCUGGCAUGCCAUACGGCGGUUUAUUAGAGAAAAUCAGGGACUGAUGAGACGGAUGUACGGCGAGGAGCGUCACAUAGCGGUUCUUAAAGCGGAGCUGGAGAACUUCAUUGAUGAUGAAGAUGACAACAGCAACCCUGACUUCUCAGAGGAUCUUGUACAGACCAAGAUUAAAUAUACUAAGAAAAAUCCACGUGCCAUGAAAGACAAACCACAUUUUAGGCCAAUACAGUCGAACAGUGAGAAACAGAAGAAAGUGGACAGUGGUCUAGGAGUGAGACCUCUAGAAAGUUAUAACAGUUCGAGUUCCAGCAGCGGCAGGAACAGCACGACCGACAUGAGCAACGACACGCUGGAGGAAGACACGGGGGUCUCAUACAAGACCAAGCUGGAGAGCAUCGCCAACAUCGAAAUAAACAAUCUGGACCCCGACGUCAUAACGUUAGAGGCGGUCAUCAAACAGAGCAUCGAAACUAACAGCAUCUACCCGAAGUUCUCAGCAGCUUCGAAGGCAGAGCCUCCGGACGAUAAGAAUAACACCAAAGGGAACUCGACCUCAAGCGAGAGUCUGACUACAACGGAAAUGAGCGACGAGCCCUACGACGACGACGGAAUCACGGACAAGGACACGUGGAACGGCACGGACGGGUCCACGUUGCCUCCCACGUUACUGUUCUCGGAACACGAAAAAGUCAAAGAAACGGAUAACAGAGACGGAGACAAAGAGAGCCAGGAGGCGAACCCUAAACCAACACAUCAGGAGACGAUGCGGCCCGCGGUCAUCAAACUGAGAGGAGCUAACGCUUGCGAGACCAAAGAGGAGAUGGCGGCUCCGUUUUGGGCGAACAGCACUCGCGGUGAGAUGCUGGCUCUCCUCAACAUGUACCCCUUCGAGCAGUACAUACACCUGGAGACCUGCGUCCACAAACACAAGCAGAUGUACUGCAGAGAGGGUUGCAGAUGCGAGCAGCAGUUCCGCCUGCACCGGCUCCUGGCGUACGACCCGCGGAACGAGUGCCGCGGAAUCUUCGCGGACUGGUUCAAGUUCCCCGCGUGCUGCGUGUGCCGCUGUUACGACGUGCCGCUGGAGUUCCGCGCGCGCUCCCCCCGGAUCCUACCGCCGCAGUACGACGACCAGGUCAAGAGACUCAUAUACGAGGACGCGGCCCGCGACUGGUACAGCAUGCCCUACGACGACCUCUACUGACUCGCCGCGUGUCCCAGGCGCUUACUGGACACCUCAGCUAGCCCCACCCCACCUACCUCUCGGUUCGCGGCGACGAAUUCUAUCAAACAUUUAUUUCUUAUUCCGUUUUCAUGUCAUCUUGUUUACGUCACAAUUUCUUUGAUAUGACAACCUCAUUAUAACCUUAUACUAUUUAUUUCUUAUUGUUGAUUUUUUUUAAUUUGUAAUUUAAUUUUGUUUAUACAUGUGUUAUAAGUACACUACUUAUUAAUAGUGAAGAUAUCUCAACUAAUUUAUGUUUAAGGCUAGUGACAAUGUAAAAUAAUUUUGUAAUAUACAUAUGUAAAAAAUAUAAUAAUGAAAUGUUUAGGGAAAUAAAGUUGAAUUGUUUU